UGUUGGGUUGCGUUGUGUUGGCUCUGUUGAAUGAUCUUGGUCAUUUGUUGCAAGCGUGGAGCUGCUGAUGGGCGCUUUUUCGUUGACGCAGAAGCAAUGAACGGAGAGGAAAUAGGCUUCCUGCACCAGCAGAAGUAGUCGUUGUAGUAGUCGUACAGCAGAGGCUCCGCGCGUGAUAGUCGUCUCUCAAUGGGUAAUGCAAAUGGAGGUUGAGAGUGUGCGGAAGUGUGUUGUUGUUGAUGGUGGUGGUGUAUUCUAUGCUUCAUUCUCUACGCUCGCGUGUGGCUAGUUUUGUGAGCAGCAGCGGAGUGGGAAGAAAAAAGUCGAUUUUCCGUGCUGGAAAGGAGGCAGGGAGGACUGGAGUGUGGGGAAAGUAGGACUGCACAGAUUGCUGACAGCGGAGCGAGGAGUCGUUUCAGAAAAGUAUUCAUUCUGUGAGGAGAGAGGUGAGGAGGGGAAAGCCAGUUUGAUUUUUUUGGGAUGUUAGUUGCGCACGGAGCAGCUCCAAUGGAGCCCGGCGUCUUCUUGUCCUGGCUGCGGAACAUGGAAGACGAUGUUAGGAUUGCUACUUUGUGUUCAUGUGACGUGACAGCGGGAAUGCGUGAGUGACUUUCGGGGGUUGACGUCGUAGUAGCACUUCUGCACUUUUGUCUCCUCUUCUCGUGGUUUCUUUUUGGUGCUUGAGAGAGAGAGAGAGAGAGAGAGAGAGAGAGGGGGUGGGUGGUGAGAUUUCAGGGCGGGCUGUGGUGUCGGCCGGGUUGGUGACAUUGGCUUGGGUGGUUUCUCUUCUCGUCUGGCUCCAUUCAGCCGACGUUGGCCAGUUCCUGAACUACAACUCGCUAGUUCUGGGGUUUGAAGCAGUGUUCUGUGAAAGUUGUCUUCGCGGUGAGGGGAAAAUUGAAUGAAUUCCACGUCUGGGUGCUGGUGCAGAAGUGUCGUGAGAGCUUCUUUCUCGCUCAGGCCUUUGAAGCGUUGGGAGUUCAUUUUGGUACUCUCUGCCAACAAAGCAGCAGGUUUAAAGAGUAGACGGAGAAGUAUUAGAGGCUUUCACUCCGUUACAGGCCUCAUGGAGCGCGGUCGUGAGGGUCGACGUGGGAAUGGAGGGGUUGUAUUUGUUCAGGCUCCUCGGCGGCCACGCACUGGUUUAAAAGAUAUUGCAGCUGGCGACGAUGGCGACGACAUGAUGGAGGAUGGGCACAAUGGUCGGCUACGGGAGAGAGGGAAGAAAGACGGGGGUGGGGUGACGUCGAGCCACGGAGCGGGGAGCAGCAUUGUAGGAAGUAGCAGCAGAAGCAAGAGGAAGCGGUACGGGUCGCAAGAGAAGCAGAGGCAGGGGCAGGGGCAGGGGCGGAGGAGCCCGGCCGAGGAGGUGGAGGAAACGACGGAAGACACGGAGAUGGGGGCGUCGGAAGACGACGACGACCAGCCGCCACCCAUAAUUGUGCGACGGUCGGGGAAAGCACGGGCUCAGGCGAAGUUUUCGGAAGAUGGGAAUGGGGUGGAUUUACCGGCGGUGCCUCGGAAGGCGCGGACAGGUGGGUUUGCGUGGUCGAUGGUGGGAUGGUGGAGUGUGUGUGUGUGUGUGUGUGUGUGUGGAGGUUGAGGGAGAG